AUGGCCUCAGCCGGGGGCUUGACUCGCCGCAGAGGUGGUGGUCGAGUCGGAGGCGCCGACGAGCAAGAUGACAGCCGAGUCUCCUCGCCCGUCUCCAGAAACGGGUCUGCAAUGGAUAACCGCGGGCCCGAGACCUCGUUCACCAGCACCGAGAAUGGCCAUAAGAUCGCGUUCGACCCUCGCGACAUCAGCGAAACCGAAGAACGCAGCAAGCAACCCAAAUUGACUCUGAUGGAGGAAGUGCUCUUGUUGGGACUGAAGGAUAAGCAGGGUUAUCUGUCUUUCUGGAACGAGAACAUCUCAUACGCCCUGCGAGGUUGCAUUGUCAUUGAGCUCGCGCUCCGUGGCCGGAUCACCAUGCAGAAGGAUUCGUCGCGGCGGCGCUUUCCUCUCGCCGACCGCUUGAUCGAAGUCAUCGACGAUACAUUGACGGGAGAGGUCUUGCUGGACGAGGCGCUCAAGAUGAUGAAGUCGAGUGAGAGGAUGAGCGUCAACUCGUGGAUCGAUUUGAUGAGUGGCGAGACGUGGAACCUGAUGAAGAUCGGCUAUCAAUUGAAACAAGUGCGCGAGCGACUGGCCAAGGGACUUGUGGAUAAGGGAAUUCUGCGAACCGAAAAACGAAACUUCCUCCUUUUCGACAUGGCCACCCAUCCUGUGGCCGACGGCGGCGCCAAGGAUGACAUCCACCGACGCGUGCGCAACAUUUGCAGCAACCGCACAGUGCUCAUUCCCCCCAGUACGUGGCUCCCCGAGGAUGCUGAAUUCCGAUACCUGCGAACGGUGACCAUGGUUUGCGCCGCCUAUGCGGCUAACGUGCUGGAGAACGCCUUGGUCACGAUGAGCCACGAGUCGCGCGAGAGAUCAUUUGCCCAGGUGGACGAGCUGCUGGCCGAAUACUCGCAAUGGCCAUUUGCUCGGAGGGCUGGCGGUUCGCAGGCCAUUGGAGCGAACCUGGCCCAAGCUAUCAAUGAGGAAGUCAAUCGGGGCAAGGAUAAAGAGCUUCAGUUGGAGGUUGUUGCCGCAUGCUUGAGCGUCUUCACCAGACUUGAUUCCCUACUUUAA